AUGAGCUUAACACAGGUCAGAGACGUCUCGGUUGAGGACAUAUGCAAAAGAACAAAGCCGAGAAAACAUUACGUAAGCUUUUUUCAAAGGGCCAUAAAACCAACUGGGAAGGAGGUUGUAAUGAAACGACUUGAAUCGGAAGAUUUUGGUUAUAAUAGCCUAUAGUCUUGAAUUUCAUUUCAAUCAGUAUUUUGGACAGGUGACUAAUCAAAAAAAGAUCCCAGAAAACCAGUUUAUCGCCGGGAAUUAACCUAAAACAAAAUAAAACGUGAAGAUGUAGUGGAUCUGACGAAGGAUACACUAUGGAUCCCUAGAGACCUUCAAAUGACCCUAAGCGAAGGAAGCCUGACAAAGGAGCCCUGACAAAUGUCUUCAGUCAGCUUGCUGAUAUUCACUGAUUUGAAAUAAUACAGGAUGAUCAAUUGAACUUAAUUUCUCCAUUCGUCGAUAGGUAUACUUCAUUCAAGUUCAUUGGCAUGACGGACCCAUCACUCCAGUCUACAGAAGCUACAGCACCCUCCUUGAACUGCAGGUACUCAUACUACUGAAUCUGUCCGACGGGAGACUGGUUAUAAAAAUCGGAAAUUAUCAAAAUUAAAAACCACGGUGCCUGAGUUUUUGUUGGGAGCUCUUCAGUUGACGUAAUCAUUUAUUUGGAUGUCAACGCAUGCGCACACGGUGGCUAAAUGAAUCGAUAGGAAGUUAGUACAACAUCAUUUGAAUGCAAUCGAAUAUUAUUCACGCUCAGGUACAAAAAAAAUUGAUAUAAAAUCUUAAACAAAGAAAUCAUUCUGGCCUCCCAACUAUUGCAUUUUAUCGCCGAGAUUUCAUCAACUAUGAUCAAAAAAAAAAUUCUUACAGCAAAUUGGUGCCCCUUUGAGGGGAGUUUCCUGUCAGUUGAACAGCCAAUGAGAACACAAGAGAGCUUAUGUAGUGUGGUUAUUUCGCAGGAAAGGUUACUAAAAAUAGAAGACUUCAUCUUGAACCAGAACGACCCAGCUUCUAGAACACUGCUCAAAGGUAACUUAAAAGCUGCCCAAGAAGUUUUAAAAAUGUUUGGUCCACAUGACAAUUUCUAGUAAGCAUAAGUUUAUGUUCGCUAUCUCUUAUGGUCUCCAAACUUUUCUCCACAGGAAAGUCAUUUUCUGGAAGGUUUACUAUCAAAAAACGCGCCAAAGCACUAAAAAGAAUGCCUGCUGUCGAAGAAUUCCUCAAAGUAAGUUACAGAAAGUAAAAAUGCAGCCAUGUCAUGUUGACACAACGAAGCUCAUUUUUUGUAGUCAUAGCAGUGAUACUUUUUUAAAGUUUGCCGCUGACACAAUACUACAAAAGGGGGUAUAACAAUUUUCCAAAGAAACUGUGGUGCUUCAUGGGGGGGGAGAGGGUAUUACAGAAUAAUGUGGUUUCAUCAGCCUGCUAAGUUGAUAAUAUAAUGGCCACCGCAGAGAGUUUCUCAGGCUGGCGUCUCAAGCGUGAGCCCUUUGUUAGAGCGAAGGGAGUAUUAAAUGGAAAAUUGCCAACGAAACUAAUUUCUAACUUUUUCCUCCAUUUUUAAAUUUUUUUUUUGGAUAAAGCUGAUUGGCCAUUUACCUUAAAUUCGAAUGACAGAUUUGUUUUCUCCCUUUUACAGUCUGUAGUUCAUCAACCUCCGCAUAUUUCUGGAUCAGAUCCUGUAAUAAACUUUUUUCACCCUCUUCCCGAAGAUCUUAUCGAGUUAGACCAUGAUCAAGCAGAGUAAGUGAACAAGUGUAGUACACUUGUGUCUCUUUAUGUUUUUAUGAGGGAAUCCAUCCCGAUGAUAUUAAGUGGGGUUGAAACUUUUGUCCACAGUUUGCACCUAGGCGCGCAUUCCGUGGAUCAAAAACAACAUUAUCAUAUCAUUAGAGCAAAUGGGUGACUCUGGUUUAUUCUAACAUUAUUUCAGUUCACACAACAGCACUCCGCUGCAAGGAAAAUGUUCAAUGAAAUAUUCCUGUCUUUUAUUUUUCUUUAGAAAAAAUCGAAAUAUGGAUAAAGGCGCAUCAAAAGGAAAAUGUAAGCCAACAUUACAAUCCUACAGUAUCCAACAUGAACUCUUGUAUCCUAAGGUUAAAAAUAUUCUUCAUAAAUUUUCAAUUAAUUAAGCUUCACUUUGCAAGUUACGUUGUUGUUGUUGUUGUUGUUGUAUGCACAUACUCUUUUAAUAAACAGUAAAAAUCUUCUUUCAAAAUUCCUGUUCACAGGCACCUGUGUCUCGCCUAGUUGGCUCAGUCGGUAGAGCAUAAAACUAUUAAUCUCGGGGUCGUGGGUUCGAUACCCACGUUGAGAGUUCAUUGAAAGUGAUUAUGCAAACAAAAUUUUGUGCAAAUCUAGCUUUUUGCUGUUGCUGAUUUUUUUUUUCAGGUCAGUUCAUAAAUUGGUAGAUAGAUAACGGCAUAAAUAAUGAGAAGUUCAUUUUUCAAAAGCAAUUUAAUUAUUUCCUGUAUCAGACCUUCAGCACAUAUCGGAGCCAUUUCUGCUGGAGCAGUACGUGGCAAUCGCAGAUUACACAAGUAGAGAAGUAAAUGACAUAAGUCUCACAGCAGGGAACGUUGUGGAAGUUAUCCAGAAAAAUGAACACGGUGAGUGAUGUGAUGCCCAGCUUGUUAAAGGCGUCGCAGCCUCGUGAGCUCAUUCUCUAUCGACAAUAAUUUAUGAUAAACUUAAUUUUCUCGGCUUGAUGGGUUAUUGUUAUUAACAUUUUUUGUAUAAGUAUUGGUAUCCCUGCGCUCGCAGCAAGCUCCGCCAUGAUUUUUUUGGUAGGAUACCGAAAUCCAAAGAGUGACGUAACGUAACCUUACUGCGUACGCCGCCAUUUUGAAUCUUGCUUAGCAACCUGACCGAUUACAUUUGCUUUGACACAACUAAAUUCCCUUUUUCCAUCACGAUGUAAUGAAUUCUUUCCACGAUAACCAGAGCGGCAGCUAUUUGUAAAUUGCAAACUAUUGAAGUUUACUUUUUCAUAGCGUGAUUUUCAUCUUCGUUUCACUGCAUCAGGAUUAGGUUACUUUCACUACGCAAUUAGCUUCAGAUCUUGAGCUGAUUACAUUUCAAUAAAUUGUGUCUUUCAACUUUCUCUGAAAUAUUUUUUGUUUACGCUUCUCAUUGAAGGUUGGUGGUUUGUGGACCUCGACAGUGAGGUGGGCUGGGUACCAGCAUCUUACCUUGAACCCCGGGACGGCAGCAUGGAUGAUCAGGUGUUGGAGACUUUUGAGGAAGGAGAGGGUAAGGUACUCUGCUACGUGCGAUCCAGUCACCUCUUUAAUGUAUGUAUGAAGUACACUGUCGCUCCCCAAUAGCCAGCUUAUUGACCUUUUUUUCCCAUGAACCCUCCCUUCGGUCGAGAAUUCACACAUUUCUGUUGAAUUAGUCACUUUCUGUGUAAACAAGCCGGUGAAUUAUAAACUUGGGUGACGGCAAAUAUAGGCUCCCAUUCCCCUAAAUGCGGCCAAUGUACGGUCUCAUCACCCCCCCUCCCCCGCUUAUGAUGCCAAUUUGACAUGCCUAAAUUUGUUCCGAUCAGAUAAGGGUUGUUUGCGGGCUCAUUGCUCACUUUCAGAUUGUUCUAAGGAUUUAUUUUGUACGAAAUUGUUACAAAAAUAAAAAUUGAAAAAAAACUGCCGUGCUCUGAUUUCGUCCUUCUUGACAUACAGAGGAAACAUACAUUUCCAUGGCUGCCUAUGAGCCUCAACUUGACGACGAGGUUGGGUUUGAAAUGGGAAAAGUCGUCAAGGUCAUUCAGAAAAAUCUGGACGGAUGGUGGUUUGUCAAGUAAGUUGUGAUAGUUUUAUAGGAACCAAACUUAAAUGAUUAUUGCUUGGAUUUAAGUCUAACAACUGGAAAUUUCGAAAGUAUAUUGACUGAUAUCUACCAGCAACAUAAUUCGCAACAAGAUUACUUUACUCGCGACAGGUUUGAAGAGAAAGAAGGCUGGGCACCAUCAAUGUAUCUGAGAGAGGUGGCCUCGUCCCAGUACAACGCAAGACAGAAAGGAAAACAUGCUGCAGUCAGAGCUAUGCUCAGAGAUACACGUUUGAAUAGCAUUUCUGUCCUUGCUGGUAAGAAAAAUAGAAUUCCCACACGAGUAGAUUCACUUAAGUCACAAUUCUCUGGUCCGUCUGUCGGGCUGUCCAUCCCCAUAUACUUCUUUUAAACUCUUUGGUCCCCAUCUGGCUGUUUACAAAAUCUUUUUGUUUCCUUUCCUCCAGGAAGAAGACAAACAUGGGACCCACCAGCCAGGAAAAAGAGUGUGGUACGAAUUUUGUUUUUGACACCUUUUAAAGAAUAUGAAAUGACCAUCUUUAUUAAUUUUGUUUCUUCUUAAAAUCUUUAUUUCACCCGAAGAGGAGGAACGAAAACCAAGCCGUAUCCAGCUCUGCUAGAAAAGAGAACAGUUUCACCACAAAGCCUGCGAGAUCCUACGUAAAUCUGGAGUUUCAUCAAGUCACGAAGAAGCCUCAAGGAAGACGGAAUCCGCGGCAGAAACAAGACCCCAAUGAAGUAAGAACAGGAUGCAGAUUAAACGGAGAAUCAAAGAGCAUCCUUAAGGUCAACUCUGAAAAUUCAGUUAACGAUGUGCAGAUUAAUGGCUUAUUGAAGCCCAGGCCUUUAUCAAUGGUGGAAGAAGAGGAUCUGGAAACUGUUUCCCGCGGGACGAGUCCCAUCCCGAGCCCGUUGCUAGCUCAGAGUUCCAACAACUCAAAUACCCCACCUCCCUCUUCCGACGAACGUUAUCACUUCCGCCCGAUUAAACUCCCAAAGGAGGAAACAAAAGAGGAUUUGGAGUUUCCGGUUGAGGACGAGGAAACCGUACACGGAUCUAGCCCUGAAAACCCUGUCAUCGAUUCCCAUAGUGAUGAAAACCAACAACCUGAUGUGCAAGACGAAGACGAGGAAGAAGGCGAAGAAUAUACCGAAAAUAUGCCGGAGCUGGUGAAUAACAGAUUCUUAGCCAUGGGAUCCUACGAAAAAGAGGGCGAACAGGAAGUAAAUCUGCAAGAGAAUGCUGAGGUUGAACUUCUAGAAGAAUCGGAGGGGGGCUGGUGGCUAGUGCGCACUUCAAGUCAUUCUGUAGGUUGGGCACCGUCAAAUUUCCUAGAGAAAGUUCAAAGUUUAAAAACUGGUCGGGUGGAAACUGUUACCGAGUCACAUGUUGAAAAUGUAAUUGAGGUGAUACCAAUACGGCCGCCCAAAUCACCCAAAGUCCUCAAGAUGGCGCAAGAUAUUUGUGUAGAAGAGAGAUUUUGGAAAUAUCUCCAAAAGGGUAAAGAACAGUACACCUGUCCAAUUGACGCAGAAGACUUAGAUAUCGAGGGUAUCAAGGCACCUCUUGAGGCAAAAGAAGACAAUAACGAGGUUUUUACUUUCACAUUUGGUGAAUACGAAUAUAAUCCUGAGAGCGGGGUUUGUCUGAGAAAAAGCCAAGAACCCAGCGAGGUCAAGUUCGCGCCAACGAAUGACGUCCCUUCUGAUCAGGAACAUCUUCAAGCGUCCUGGAAUAGACCCGGUAGUAUGGAAAGAUCAGAGAGUGUGCCUAGUCUGGCUGAGUGUGAAGACUUUGAUGAUUUACCCUCCGAUUAAAUGAUCAAGUUAACAACCAACGAAUCACCUGCACAAGCAGUGAUGAAAACUGCUGAGCCUCAUACGUUUGAAGUGAAAAUAUUACAGGAUAGUUAGGUCAGACAUCGCGAAAUAGACUCUCGCUACUUCCGUGCAAAGAGUCAUCAUUUCCUUUUCUCGUAGAGUGUAUUUCUUCCCUUUUAAAUCAGAAAUAAUUAAGGAUAAUGAAGAAAUUUUGUAUGUUGUGAAUUCCGGUUAUACUCCUCUGGCUUUUUCUACUUCGCUGUGGGUCACAAAAAGGCUCAAUGGUAGUGACCGAGUUUGCUUAACCCUUUGACUCCCAAGAUCUGGUUUUUAAUUCACCCUUCUAGCUGCUGUACAUUUCCUUGUAACCUAGUUAGGAGAAUUUGGUGUUAGAUCAAGAUAACGAGUUUGAGUAUUCUCAUUACCUGUUUGCUGGAUAAUCUAUGGAUACUGUAGGUAAAAAUUACAUGUUCAUUACUCUGGGAGUUUAAGGGUCUAUUGAGGUGUGUCCGCUGAAUAAAGGUUCCUUUUAUAAUAGUGAGAGGACAAAAUAGAAACCUCAGUCGGUGUCCACUUAACACAGAGUUUCCACUUAAUAUGUUGUUCGCUAAAUGCAGGUCCAACACGAUCAACGUCGAUAAGUAUAUCUUUAUUUAUGGACUCUCCAAUGUUAAAACUUCAAUGAGCCUCCAAUAUAUGAGUUUCUCAAUUCAAUACCUUGC